AUGUCGAAGCUGAUCGUCGUCCUCGGCGCGACAGGCACACAAGGCGGCUCCGUGGUGGACACCUUCCUGGGCCAAUCUGGCUGGAAAAUCCGGGCCCUUAGCCGCAACGCUAACGGCGCGGCGGCCCAGAAGCUCAAAGAGAAAGGCGUGCACGAAGUCGUGACGGCAACGCUCGACGAAGUGGCUUCGCUCACCGAAGCGUUCAAGGGCGCGCACACCGUCUUCAGCGUGACGGAUUUCUGGGGCCUGUAUCGCGAUCCGUCGAACACGGAAAAGGCCGCGGCCACGGGCCUGCCGAAGAACGUGUGGGCCGCGCGCGUCGAGGAGCAGCAGGGCAAGAACGUCUUCGACGCGGCAGCCCACACGGCCGGGCUGGAGCGGCUGGUCUUCUCGGGCCUGUCCCACGCCACAAAGUGGUCCCGGGGCAAGUAUUCCCACGUGUAUCACUUUGACGCCAAGGCCCGUGCGGCAGAGUAUGGCCGGGAAAAGCAUGUCGAGUUGUGGGCCAAGACGAGCAUCCUUCAGGUUGGAUUCUAUCUGUCGAAUCUGUCGACCUCGCCGUUCAUGAGGCCGCGAAAGGAUGAAAACGGCGUGUACGUCCUCCCACACAAUUUCCCCAUGGCCGUCAAGUUGCCCUUGAUCGCCACGGAGGAGGACACCGGGCCUUUCACCAGGGCUCUGGUCGAGGUGGCGCCAGGGAAGAAUCUGAUCGCGUAUCGUGCCUGGAUGACGCUGGAUGAAUACCUGGACAUCAUACGUCGAGUCACAGGCGUCAAGGCCGUGAGUAAACAGGUCCCACUCGACGCAUCUUCGGGAUCAAUCCCUGAGGAGUUGGUCGCCGAGUUGACGGACAAUGCGAACUAUUUCGAGGAGUUCGGGUAUGAAGGCAGAGACGACCCGACGCUCGUGCAUCCCAAAGACCUUGGUGUGGAUGUACAACUCCCGUCUGUCGAAGAUUGGGUGAAGAAGCAGGAUUGGAGUAGCGUCUUCACCUGA